AUGUGGGCAGAUAGGUUUAUUUUAAUCCAUGGUAAUUUGCAUUACUGCUUAUUUUAAAACAAAAAAAAAAACCCUCUCCUUCCAAUUUUUUUCUCCCUUCUUCAUCUAUUCCGACGCUCUGAGGGAGCAAUAUGGUCUUGAAGUUGGUUUCUCUGCUCCUUUUGGCAUUCGAGUCGCACUUUGCUUCUGCUGGAGUCCGGGCUCCGCCAGCACCUAAACACAGUCAAACUCAUCAACUUUCACCAAUUGCAGUGGAGACAGCAGAAGCUCAUCUCCACUACCACCAGCAGAAGGAGUUGCUGCAGGAGCAGGAGCAGCAAAAGUACCGUCAGCAGCCCCCCUACACUCCCCCUAUCAACCGCAAGACUAGAGGUCUAGUGCAAAACAUUGACCAACUUUACUCCGGAGGAGGCAAAGUGGGAUACCUCUUAUAUGCGGAGGGCAAGAAAUUUCUCUUGGAUUUGGAACAAGAUGGCUCAGUGGGCUUCCCGGAGCUUUUGUAUCCUGGUUUUGACCACAGCAGUCAUCAGGGGACACUGCCUCCAUCUCAACGCCACCGGGAUCACUGCUUCUACCGAGGCACUGUGGAUGGGAGCGAUAGCUCCCUAGCCCUUUUUAACCUCUGUGGGGGGAUGAAGGGCUUCUUCGCUAUUAAACAUACUCGUUACACCAUAAAGCCGUUGUUGCUGGGGACAAGGGAGGCUGAAGAGGGGCGGCUGUUUGGGGACCGGUCUCUCCGGGUGCUACACGUCUUUAUUAAAGAGAGCUUCAGUUUCAAAACGCUGAAGCUCCGCAGCAGCUGCGAGACCCCUAGCUCUCCCAGGGCAGGCCAUAGACAAGCAAAAGCACUCCCUUCUCAGGCUAACCAAACGUCCCGGAUCAUGCCAUCUCCGCAGCCCUUUGCAGCACCAGCUACCGAACCACAGAAGGGGUGGCGACGUCAGCGGCGCUCCAUCUCCAGGGCCAGGCAGGUGGAGCUGCUGCUUGUGGCGGAUGUAUCUAUGGCCAAGAAGUAUGGCCGGGACUUACAGCAUUACCUGUUGACAUUGGCUUCCAUCGCUUCCCGGCUUUACAGUCACCCAAGCAUCGAGAACCACAUCCGCCUAGCGGUGGUGAAGGUAGUGGUGCUGGAUGACAAGGAGAAAGGGUUGGAGAUAAACAAGAACGCGGCCACUACUCUCAAGAACUUCUGCAAAUGGCAACACCAACACAACCAAUUGGGAGAUGAUCAUGAGGAGCAUUAUGAUGCAGCUAUCCUCUUUACCCGGGAGGAUUUAUGUGGACAUCAUUCAUGUGAUACUCUUGGAAUGGCAGAUGUUGGGACCAUAUGCUCUCCUGAGCGCAGCUGUGCGGUGAUUGAGGAUGAUGGCCUCCAUGCAGCUUUUACAGUCGCUCAUGAAAUUGGACAUCUACUUGGACUAUCUCAUGAUGAUUCUAAGUUUUGUGAAGACAACUACGGUUCCAUGGAAGAUAAACGCUUGAUGUCUUCUAUCCUAACUAGCAUCGAUGCUUCCAAACCCUGGUCCAAAUGUACGUCAGCAACCAUUACAGAAUUCCUGGAUGAUGGUCAUGGUAACUGUUUGCUGGACUUACCAAGAAAGCAGAUCCUGGGCCCUGAAGAGCUCCCAGGACAGACAUAUGAUGCUAUCCAUCAAUGCAAGCUGGCAUUUGGGCCUGAGUACACAGUAUGUCCUGGCAUGGAUGUCUGUGUUCGCCUGUGGUGUGCAGUUGUUCGACAGGGCCAAAUGGUGUGUCUGACCAAGAAGCUGCCAGCUGUGGAGGGGACGCCAUGUGGGAAAGGAAGGAUUUGCCUUCAGGGCAAGUGCGUCGACAAAACCAAGAAAAAAUAUUAUUUGACAUCAAACCAUGGCAACUGGGGUUCCUGGGGUUCCUGGGGCCAAUGUUCCCGUUCAUGUGGGGGAGGAGUUCAAUUUGCUUUUCGCCAUUGUAAUAACCCAGCACCUAGGAACAAUGGACGAUACUGUACUGGGAAGAGGGCCAUCUACCGCUCCUGCAGUGUCACAGCCUGCCCAACAUAUGCUAAAGCCUUUCGUCAGGAACAAUGUGAAGCUAAAAAUGGAUUUCAGUCAGAUAUAAAAGGGAUCAAGACAUUUGUGGAGUGGGUCCCCAAAUAUGCAGGAGUUCUGCCCGCAGAUGUUUGCAAGCUGACCUGUCGAGCCAAAGGAACAGGCUACUAUGUGGUAUUUUCCCCAAAGGUGAAGGAUGGGACUGAAUGUAGACCAUACAGCAAUUCAAUCUGUGUUCAAGGGAAAUGUGUAAGAACUGGUUGUGACAACAUUAUUGGUUCAAAGCUCCAAUAUGAUAAGUGUGGUGUAUGCGGAGGAGAUAAUUCCAGCUGUACCAAGGUCAUGGGAACAUUUACUAAAAAAAGUAAGGGUUAUACAGAUGUAGUGAGGAUACCUGAAGGUGCCACCCACAUCAAAGUUCGACAAUUCAAGGCAAAAGACCAGAACAGAUUCACUGCUUACCUAGCCCUGAAAAAGAAAAAUGGUGAGUACUUGAUCAAUGGAAAGUAUAUGAUAUCCACAUCAGAGACUAUUAUUGACAUCAAUGGAACUGUCAUGAACUACAGUGGUUGGAGCCACAAGGAUGACUUCUUGCAUGGGAUGGGAUAUUCAGCUACAAAAGAGAUUCUUAUAGUUCAGAUUCUUGCCACAGACCCAAGCAAAACAGUAGAUGUCCGCUAUAGCUUCUUCGUUCCCAAAAAGUCAACAUCCAAAUCAAACUCAGUCAGUCAUCAUGGAAGCAAUAAAAUGGGAUCACAGACCUCACAGCUACAGUGGGUUACAGGCCCUUGGCUUUCCUGUUCUAGAACAUGUGACACAGGCUGGCACACCAGGACUGUUCAAUGCCAGGAUGGACACAAAAAAUUAGCAAAAGGAUGUCUGCUGUCACAGAGACCCUCAGCAUUCAAGCAGUGUUUCCUAAAGAAAUGCUAGCACAUGGUAAUGAUUU